AAUCAGGUGUCCCAGGAAUUUGAGGAGAAUAACGAAGUAUAUUAGCCUACAAAGAAACCGCGAUCGCAGCCACUCCUCCAUCACGCGAGAGGACAGGUUUAUAAAUCCGUCGCAUCUGUGAUAUCCACAGAGCUCUGGCUCACUGAGAACUAACGUAACCGCACGGCGCAACAGAAGCUUUUCUACACAUCUCGAGAUGUCUUCUGCCGACGAAUGCAGCUACACCUUUGAGGAGUACAAGGAGACAGCUGACUGGCUUCUGGCUCACACCACCCAGCGGCCUAAGGUGGCCAUUAUCUGUGGCUCUGGGCUGGGGGGCCUAGCAGACUUCCUGGAAAACAAAAUGGUGAUUCACUACGAAGACAUCCCGCGAUUCCCCCAGAGUACAGUGCCCGGACACGCAGGCCAGCUGGUCUUCGGGGAGCUUAACGGGAAGCAGUGCGUCUGCAUGCAGGGCCGGUUCCACUUCUACGAGGGAUACAGCAGCGGCAAGGUCACGUACCCCGUGCGUGUUUUUCACCUGCUGGGAGUGGAGACUCUGAUCGUCACCAAUGCGGCGGGGGGGCUGAACCCCAGCUUUAAUGUGGGUGACAUCAUGAUCAUCAAGGACCACAUCAACAUGCCCGGCUUUGCGGGACAGAACCCGCUGAGGGGCCACAACGAGGAGAGGUUCGGGGUGCGGUUCCCCUGCAUGUCCGACGCCUACGACCGCCAGAUAGUGCGACUGGCCCAGGAGAUCGCGGAGGAGCAGGGCUGUUCCAACAUCCUCCACCAGGGGGUGUACUGCAACCUGGGCGGGCCCUGCUUCGAGACCAUCGCAGAGUGCAGAAUGCUGCAGACCCUGGGCGUUGACGCCGUCGGAAUGAGUACGGUCCCAGAGGUCAUUGUCGCGCGCCACUGUGGUCUGCGAGUCUUUGGCCUCUCUCUCAUCACCAACAAGGCGGUGCUGGACUACUCCAGCGACCAACGGGCCAAUCACGACGAGGUCCUGGAGACUACCCGCAUGAGGGCUCUGGUACUGCAGAAGCUGGUCAGCAGCCUGCUGGCCAAGAUAUAGAGCGCCCCCUGUCUGCAAAAGCUGGCAUUUUCUGUUUGUUUGUUUUUUUGUGGUUAAAGGGGUUUUUUAUUAUCUUAAAGCACUGGUCUCAAACUUGUUGCCACGGAGAGCCGAGUGUAUGCAGGUUUUAAUAAUAUUAUAUAUAACUAUUAAAUAACUGUAAUAAUGUUUUGAUUUCAACCCAUUAAUGAUGCCUUAAUUUAUUUCAAUUAAUCAUUCAGACAUGCGCAUUUAACUGCAUUAAGGUACUGUAUAUAAGCAACAGUUGUUAUCCUGCAUAACUAACAGAUUUUACUUUAUAUGGAUUAUGUGCAAAUCUACAGCCCUAAUUCAGAAAAUAAUUGAACUAAUGAUAGAAUCAAGAUCUGCGGCCUGAAUAAAAACCAGCAUACACAGGACUGGGCACGGCAGUUUGGGACACCUGUCUUAAAGGUUUACCUAAUUACCUAAAGUUAAGGUAAUCCUGAGCACCAAAAACAAAAGUGAACAAUCACACAUCAUGUUAUUUAACUCCUGACGGGGCUUCAGAUAAUCUUCCGUGUUGGCAGAACAGGCACGUAGGCAUUAUGUGGGGCACAUUUCGUUUUUAACAAUCUCCCACUGUGUAACCCACUUAUCGUAUCCCCCCAAAACUGUGACCGGAGGGAGACCCUAAUGCUAGAGGACCUCAAAAACAAGACCUUUCAGGAGCAUUACCAUCGAACGGGGUGAGCUGGGCAUUGUGGGAAACAGUGUUACUGUUUGUAACCUUAACUGGUAAAAUGAAUAUACUUAUUUAGAAUUACCUUUGACACUUUAGCACAUUCUAAUACCUCUCAUGCUUAAUCUACACCUAGAAUCUUUUCGUAAGAUUCCUUUUUUUUCUCAAGGUGCUGACACACAAAGAGGACCACAUAAUAGUUUUAUUUUAUUAAAAACGAUUACAUAUAUUUAUAUUUUUUAAUUAUGGUGAUGUUUAGUUAAUUAACACUUAUGUUCAGAAUCCAGUUUACGUGAACAUUGUGUAACAAUGUCAUAGUGCGUAUAACAAAGAGAUAUUUUAGGUUAUGCUGUGCAGAUGAAUACAAUAUUAUAAUAUCGUAUUGACAGAAAUUGGAUCUAUAGUUUAAUGGGAUUGUAAUAUAUUUACCAAAGUAUUGUUAACAGUCAUUAUCUUAAAAACAAGGAUUGGGGAUUGAUGUAUAUUUUAUACAAUUUGUAUUCUACAAUAAAAAAUAAUAAUAUGGA